CCAUCAUCCCUCCAACCGCCCUCGGCCGUCUUUUGAGAUAAUGUCUGACAAAGAUGUCCUCCUUUCCAUGGGGUUCGACCCCGCUCGAGUCGAAUGGGCAUUGAAAGCCACAGGAAACCGCGGCCUGCAGCCCGCGAUGGAUUUUCUAAUUGAGAACGAUGGCAAGCCCAUACCCGAUCUCUCAUCUGUGACCGCGUCUUCCGCCGCCGCACCGAGUGGCGGUGGCGGCGAACCCAUGGACGAGGAUGAUGAGGACCUGGCCGCGCUCAAGGCGGUGUACGGAAAGAACCUCGCAGGGGGAGCCGGGGCCAGUGCGGGAGAGGGCAGCGCCAGUGCAGGCGCAGUGGUGGAGGCGAAAAGCAUCAAGUGCGCGCAGUGCGGGAAGACGUUUAAGACCGUCGAACUCGCGAACUUCCACGCUGAGAAGAGCGGGCAUGACCAGUUCGAGGAGUCUACGGAGGAGAUCAAGCCUCUGACCGAGGAGGAGAAGAAGGCGAAGCUUGCAGACCUGAGGGAGAAGCUUGCCCAGAAGAGAGCGGUCAAGGCGAAAGAGGACGCGAAGGAGAACCUUGCGAACGAAGCUAUCCGUAGGAAAGCAGGUCGGGACAUCAACGAGAUUCGCGAAGAGAUGCAGCAGAAGGAGCUCCUCAAGGAAGCUGAGAAGAAGCGGAAAGAGAAACUUGAUGACGCCAAGGCUCGUGCGGCUGUGAAGGCACAAAUCGAGGCCGACAAGAAAGCGCGCGCGGAGAAGGCUGCGCGCGAGAAGGCACUGCGGGAGGGGAAGACUUACACAGAACAGUCGACCUCCGCGGCGGCCGCUGGCGCGUCGACAGCUCCAAAGCCGGCGGGCAAGGACUACCCCGAGACGCGACUACAAAUUCGUAUGGCCGGUGGAGGAGCGCCAUACACAACAACACUGCCUAGCGAUUCCCCCCUCCGCGCGGUAGCGGAGUUCGUCGCCGGACAGACCCUUGCGGUCGACGUCGACACCGUCAAGUUCUCUCUUACGUUCCCAAGGAAGACGUUCUCGCAGCAGGAUAUGUCGCGCUCGUUGCGAGAGCUCGGGCUGACGCCUUCGGCGGUCUUGAUUGCCUCUUGAACCGAGAAGUUGUGAUGUUGAUUCUGUCGUUCCGGCGUUGCGUCAUGGAAGACCGCCCGGAGAAGCCGCGGUGGACGGUUGCGUGGGUGGAGGACGGGGACCUGCUGAAUUAAUCCAACAUGUAUUUGUAUGCUGUUAUGCGCAUGCGAGGCGCUGUGUUC